UUAUAUCAGUAGUGUUGGGUGAAAAUCACUUGAUAUCGUCAGGAUUCAUCGGUUGAAUGUUGAAGUAUAAAGUUGCACGAUGCGAGAUCUCUUCGCAAGCUCGUGAAAUACUCGUACGUAUACGACUACGACGCGAUAUCGUGCGUAAUUAAUUUUUUAAGUGUUUUGCCGGUUUAAUUAAUUUAUCCGAUUGACGGCUCUUGAUUAUUUUGCUAUUUUUUUAAAUCGAAUUUUUCGGUCGUUUGGUGGAAUUUAUUUCUGUAUAUCGUGACCGGUGCUGCGUUGAACACUUUUUCCUUACCAGUUGUUUAUCUCAGCCAUGUGAUUGAUGUUAUGGAAUUUUUUUUACCCGGUCCGCCAAGGAGCAACAAAAAAAGUAAUACACGAUGGACGAUUGACUCGAAAUUAGAGUAAAAAUUAUGGAAUGGAUGAAUCUAAAAAAAUUCAAGAUAGAAUAAAAGAUAUUAACGCGGUUGAAAACGAUAACAAUGAAAGGGUGAUAUUCAUAUGUCCUGGAUGUGAUAUGACAAAAAACAAUGCCGAGAAAAAGACGAGCUGUUGUAAUUGCCGAGUUUUUUGCAGAAAAUUGACGAAGAAGGUGAAGAUUUUCAUUUUAUCAGCUCCCGGAUUAACGAUCCUAUUAUUAUCGUAUUUGAUGAUCGGCGCGGUUGCGUUCAACGUGCUCGAAGGCGGAAGAAAAUGGAGUCAGAGUUAUAAUUUUACGAAAAGCACAACCGGAUCGCACAAAGAUGAUAAAAUAAAAGAAUCAGUCGAAAGGUUAUGGAAAAUAACGGAAAAUCUCAACGUACUGUACAAAGACAACUGGACCAAAUUAGCCGGAGAAGAGAUAACCCAUUUGCAAGAUUAUUUUUUCGAAGAAUUAACCAUUAAAAAUGAUAAUUCCGCGAUGAGCGAAUGUCACACCAAGAAUUACCAGUCAUAUAGGAAGAGAAAUCCGCCAUUUUGGAAUCUCGGCGAAUGUUUUCUUUAUUCGUUGAGUCUUCUUACAACAGUUGGUUCGGGCAACAUUUUACCAAGAACUGUAUGGGGUCGUGUAUUCUCUAUGCUGUACAUAACGAUCGGAUUUUUCAUCAUGUUAGUCUAUCUGGCGGUGGUGGGCGACUACUUGGCCAACCCUUUCCGUCGAUUUUACACUUUUAUAUCUUGUAACAACGCUACGAAAAAAACUGCCUCUAAAUCGGUAACGAAGUGCUCGGUACCGAAUUGCAAUAAAACGACGACCGUGUACCACGAUCAAUCUUCCAGCAUACCAGUUUGGCUAGCCGCUCUGGUGUUAAUUACUUAUAUUACCAGCGGCGCUUUGACAUUUAAUUUGAUCGAGAAAUGGACUAUAUUAGACAGCUGGUAUUUCUGUUUCAUGAGUUUGGUGACCAUUGGUUUCGGUGGUUUUACGCCCGGUCGUAUGGAGAGUAUUUCGAUGAUCGCGACGUCGGCGUACAUAUUAAUUGGAAUGGCUUUAUUAUCAAUGUGCUUUAAUUUAAUUCAAACGGACGUGGUUUUGUUUUUUAGAAACCUAUAUUUGUGGUCGGAGCGCGAAGACGCGAUGAAUUUAUUAUCAUUGACCCGUAGUAUGCCGUCUUGACAAGAAGACUACGGCUUCGGUUUCGAUACUGAAGUAUCCACCAUACACAAUACCAAACAUGUUAAUUUUCGCGAUAACAAACUGUAUAACAGUUUACCUAGAUCAUUUGAAAAAAACGACCUUACCCAGAGUACAUUUCGUAGAUCAGAACCGGCCAGGAAAUCUCUGGAGAGUGGAGCAGCUGCUAUUCAGGAAAAUAAAAUAUAUCUAAAAAGCGAAAUACAUUUAAGUGAUAUCCCACCUUUACCGGAAUCGGUACUUAAUAGAGGUAAAAUUGUAAAUAAGGGUAAAAAUUUAGCCAAUAGAUUUUCUUCGACCAGAAUCAACAUCGAAGAUACGUUUAUUUGACAAAUAGUUUGGUAUUUAUUCGACCGUUAUUUUUAUUUAUCGUUUUAAAAAACGCGUUUACUCAAGUAACCAAAGAUGACAGUGUGAUAUGCUUUACGUAAUCUGUAUUUGUAUAAAUGUUAAUUAUUAUUCUAACGUGUACCUUUUAUUUUCGAGUUUUUAUUUCCAAUUUUUUUUUCGCCUGUUUGUAAAUAUUAUGCGAAAUAAUUCUUCUCCUUUUUUCAAUAAAAAAUAUACGUAUAUGAACGUUUUACUAGGUAUUUGUUCAAUAUGUCUUUGAAUUACCGAUUAAAUUGCUCCGAGUU